CAACCGCGUUCCAGUCGGCCAUGUUGGAAAAUUUGUAAAGAGGUGAACGGUUUUAUGUUGUAAAAUACUCUCUUUUUAAACUGUUAUAUUAUGGAGAUUGGUACGGAAAUCAGUCAAAAAGUUAAAGUAAGUAAAGUAGGAUGUUUUGAUUUACUAUUAAAUAUGUUAUCAGCAAGAGAAUCGUUUAUUUUUGACGAGUAGUAAAACUUUAUAUUUACAUCUCAUUUCAAAUUUUAAUUAUAUUACUACAGUGUACUAGGUAUAGAACUAUAGUAAAUAUUGAAUAAUUAUAAACGUUUGUAUCUUUUCAUAAAGUUACCAUACAUGCUAAGCCACACUAAUUUGCUAUUUAAGUCUGUCAGAAAAUUUAGUUUGUAGGAAAUAUGAUAUAUUUUUUAUUUUCAUAAUUUCAGACUGCAAUUAAAACCAAGCUGGUGGAAUUUGGAUCAUAUGUAGGUAUGACGACCUUGGGGCUAUUGGAUCUAGUAAAUCAUGGAGUAAAGCUUUGCACAGAAAAAAAUUAGCAAUCUUCUGUUAAAAAUUGUGAAAAUUCCCAGAAAUGUAUUACUCUGGACUAUUCUCGCCAGUUACAGUUGAUUUCACACCUGACUGGAAAGUUUGGAAAUUGUGCAACCGAAAUUUCAAAAAUUUAAUAGUAAAUAUAUAGAAAGAAUCAAAAUGACACACCAGAUAUCUCGGUUGCGUGAUACAAACUUUCCACUCUGGAUUUCACAUAAAUUUUUCCCUAAAUGUUGCGAACUUCAUUGCGAUGUUGAAAAGUUCAUAUUGAAAUUUGCAAGGCAGUUUGUAAACCAAGCCUCUGAUUGGUCCCUGAACGUAUAAAGAAGCCAAUCAAAUGCAGGGUUUUCAGUUUUGUGUGAGGCUCUGGCUACUGGCGAUGAAGCUAUGGCGAAAGGGAAAAGCCUAACAAUCAUUCCUGCACAUGGAUUACAUAUUUAACAUGGAUUAUAUAUAUAUAAACGUAAAAGCUCUGGCGAAUUUGGGUGGGGUUGAAUGAAAAAGUCUGGCGAAAUUCGCCGUUCGCCGGCCUAAACUGAAAACCCUGCAAAUGCAUUGUUUACAAACCGGUUUGUAAAUCUGAUUAUGGUUUGGAACGAAGUUUGCAACACACAAGGAAACAUCACGUGAAAACAACUGCAAGCCUUACAUUUUUCUACAUUUCAGAUGACGAGCUACCGGAUUACAUAAUGGUGAUGAUUGCCAACAAACGAAGUCAGAUACAGAUGAUCGAGGAUCUCAAUUUAUUUCUUGGGGAGAACAGUAAACUUUUUUGUGACUGGUUAGUUCUUGCUGGCAGUAUACGAUAUAUAUUCCACAAUGUAUAAUAUUUUAUUUUGUAUAUUUCUUAUUUUUAGGCUUCAUGAUUUGCUUCUGAAGUUGCAAGAAGUUACCGAAGGUAAACAAUGUCUCAAAAUUUACCAUUUCUCAUGCUUGUCUUGGUUUUCUAUAGAGUGUUUGCAUGUGACGUCAUAAAAAAUUCUAAAAGCUUAAGCGUUUAAUGUAUAUAGUUGCCCAUUUUAUAUAUUUUGUAUAUCCUUACUACAAGUACUCCUGGCAAAUUUCAAGUCGAUACAGUAAUUCAUUCGCAAGUUAAAGGGGCUUGAAUAAUUGAUAUUGCUGACAUCAGCAUUUAUAUAAUUAACAUCAAACACAAUUGAGGACCUGUGUGAUAAAAUAUAUCUUUCCUUGGGCAUUUACUACACGGCCGCCAUGUUGGUGGUCUGAGAUUGCAUAAUAUUGGACCACCAACAUGGCGGCCGUGUAGUAAAUGCUCAAGAAAAGUUAUAUUUUAUCACACAGGUCCACACUUAUGUUUGAUAUUAAUUAUAUAAAGCUUUUGAAAGCCCACCGAAAUAUUUCGACUUAUGUUUGGAAAACCGCAUAGCUUAUAACGGCCUUUCAAAAUAAUGCUGAUGUCAGCAAUAUAAAUUAUUCAAGCACCUUUAACUCGCGAAGGAAUUACUGAAUCGACUUGAAAUUUGCCAGGAGUACUUGUAGUAAGGAUAUACAAAAUAUAUAAAAUGGGCAACUAUAUAUGUUAAACGCUUGAGCUUUUAGAAUUUUUAUGACGUCACAUGCAAACACUCUAUUAAAGUACUGGAAAAUGUCCGUCAGCACCACUCCCAGGAAAUUUUUAACAAAAUAUCUUUGCAGGAAAUUUUUCUACAUAUCCUUGCAGGAAAUUUGUGUUAUCUUAUAUACUGGCAAAAGUGAUUUAUUCAAUAUGCAACACCAUACAGUACAUUCUAAGUCUAAUAUUUUUUCCUCUGCAGGAGCAUUUGAAGUUAAAGUUCCACUGAAGAGAAAAUCAACAGAAACAAAACCUGUAGCCAAGACUGAUGAGAAUGAAGCUUUGAAAAUAUCCAAACUAUCUCGAAAUCCGAGUCCAAUCAGAAUAAUAUCUGACACAGACGUCAACAAGAAAGAGGAAUCGUCACAGGAGAACACAAGUGAUGGUACAGAAAUUUUUUUGAACCUUGGAAACCAAUUUCUAAAUUUAGAAGAAAAAUUAAAUAGGAAAUAUAUAUACUACCAAAUAUACCACCAUAUAUACUACUAAAAAAUAUCGGUAACUGACGAUAAAUCGGCCGUAAAUUUUAUUUUCCUUGAACUAACUUUAUGUGACAGACUCUACCAAUUCAAUCAAUUUGUAUGCUUAGUACAUGUCUCCUUAUACUGUACUGAACACUCAUUGCUAUUCACUUGAUUAGGAAAGAUAAGGAAUGCUAAACAAGAAAGGCCAGAAAAGCAUCACAGACAAGAGGAGGAACAUUCGGGCACUAUUCAAAGUACUAUUACCAUGCAAAAGAGGUUUGGAAUAUUUAUUUAAAUUCACACACAUAAUAUAUUUUGCACAUGCACAUAUAUUUAUCUGAAACCUGUAGAUCGAAGCAUUAAUUUGAAUUUUCCUCUAUAGACCAACUCUGUCUCCAUCAAAACAAGCAAAUCCCAUCUUACUAAAGAAAGCAAUGCAUGCAGCUCAGGUGUCUACAGACAGUGGCGAAUACAACCCAGAAAUACCAACAAGCACCAAGCUUCCUACAAUCUCCGAUGCCGAGGCGAAGAUACGGAAACGAGAACAACUUAUGGAGGAGCACAAGAAACUCCAGAGGUUGAAAUCACAGCAAGAAGAAGAAACAACAGCUGUAAUAAUAUUUUGUUUUCAUAUUAUUCUGAACAAAAAAAACCAGAAAAAAUGUGGUCUGUUCAGCAACACAAUUGUAACUUGAUAUCUUCAGCAAUAGUUGCUGAAAGUUAAAAUGAUUUAACAAUUGCCAAAGUGAUAACUGUAUAUUUAGACAGCCAGCCAAUGCAAAUUGCUUUACUUGACGAGUAACCGAGACUUUUUUCAUUCAUUGGUUUACAGAUCCGCCGACUGUAAAUAUUCAGAACGUGAAAAAUAAAAAAAAAUUUGGAUGUCAAAAAUUUUACGAUUUUAGUUAAUUUGGGGUUCUGACAUGAAGUACAUGCCAAGUAAACUUUGACUCUAAGUACAGCUGGCUCAUGUUAUCAUUGUGACAAUCUCGAUUCUUAAAAAAACGUGUUUUUUAAAAAAAAAUUCCGACCUACCGACCUGUUUUUUUUUUAAAGUUAAAUCCGCAAACCAAUAAAUAAAAAAAGUCUUGCCUGAGUGGCUAGCAAAAAAUAUAUUUGAGGUGGCUAAACCAGUGCAAGAUUCUGUUCGAUAUUUUCAGGAGCCAGUGCUAGAGUUGCAGGUUGCCGAAGACGAUGAUCUCUUUAACACAGAAGAACCAACUGGAGUGAGGGACAGCAGAAUUGUGAUGGAGAAAAGUCCUGAGCGUGAGAGCAAGCUAGAAACUGGCAAGAAGGAAAAAAAUAAAAAAGUAAAGAAAAGUGAAAAAAGAAAAAUUGAUGAAGGGAAGGAAAAGUCUAGUUCUGGCAGUGAUGAUGAAGAGAAGGGGAAAGACAAGGAAAGAAAUGUUAAAACUAAGUAUGUUAUAUAUAAUGUUUUAAUCAUGACUUGUUUAUAAUGGCUUGCUUAUGACAUAUAUCUAAUUAAUAAAGCCAAAAAAGACUCAUUGGAUUAUUUUUUUGUAUAUUACAGUAUAUUCAAAUAAGGCAAUAUUGAGUAGAUUCUAAUAUUUGGUACAAAAAGAGUGUCUCACUUUAUAUUUUGUUUGUGUAUGACAAAACACAUGACACAUAUUUAAAUUAAUACUAGCAUCUCAAAUGAUUUUCUAGUUUGCCAGCACUAAAUGUUAUAAAAAAUAGCGGUCCUGAUGUCAGAAGACCGGAACCAAAUGAAAUCACGCACAAUAUACCUGCAUAUAUAUUUUGUGUAUUUCUUUUCUAGGGAAAAACGGAAGAAACCGAAAUUUAUUGUCACAUUGGAAGGCGUUGCUACCAAGUUUGAGGAAAAAUAUGAAAAAGAACAUUCGAAAAGGAAGCGAAGACGCAAGAGUGGUCAGAAAGACGAGGUAUUACUAAACUGGGCUGUAUAUACUCGUAUUUGUGAGACCCAUUUAUACUGCUAUAUUUUUCAAAUAUUGAUAUUCGUAUUGAAAUCUUAAUACUGCUCAACUUUAGGUACAACCAGAGAUAAACAGGGAUGUCCCGGUUAUGCCAGUGUACCCACAGUUUAUCCAUGGUGUUCAUCAAGUUCCUGGUAUGAUCCCAGCUCACCUCAAUCCCAUUAUACCACCACCAGUUCAUGUACUACCACCACCACCACCCACCAUAAUUACAGCACCUCAUGUACCAGUGGAAACUACCAUACAAGACGGUAAGCCAAAAUAAUCUGGUAUAACUCGCUGAACCUGUAUUUUCACCAGACAAAAACUCUACAAAUUGCACAAGCUGUCGAUUGAAUUGAGGAAUGCACAAAUUCAAAUCCAUAUUUAAGUGCAUGAGAUAAUCUUGUGUGUAUAAUUUAAGUCUACGUCAAACACUAUUUUAGUGUCUGAAGAUGUGGAAUUUGAUGAUGUUGAUAAAGGCAAGGAAACUUGUCGUUUUUGGCCCCAGUGUAAGAAUGGCGAUGAAUGUCCAUUUUAUCAUCCUGAUAUAACAUGCAAGUAAGUCUUCAUUUACCUGAUAUUUAUGUUGCUCAACUUUGCUGUUAUUGUAACAGAGUUAGAAUUAUAUAAUAUUUUGUUUGCAGUAAUACAGUGUGGAAACGCCACGUAACUUUAUUACUGCAAAGGUUUCAAUCCGUAAACACGGAUCUUCAUCAGUUCUAAUAAUAUGUGUUAGCAUAGAAUUAGAAUUAUUUUGUGAACAUUUUCCUGUAGACAUUUUCCCAACUGUCGCUAUGGCAAAGACUGUAGCUACGGACAUCCGCCCUGCAAGUUUGGUACAAGGUCAGUAAUCACGACACAUUUUGUUUUGAAAGUUUCGGAUUGAUAGGGAAGCAACUACCUGAAAAACACAAGGAGAACUUCGACGUUUCGAGCGAAGACUUGUAUUUUGUCAGGCAGUUGUAUCUUUAACCAUCCGAAGCUUUCUUGUUAUUGCCACUGCACACACAGAUCGUUCAAGGAAUGGAAUUUACGUUCGUGAUUUUGUCGUGGUUAUUUGCAGGUGCACGUCAACAUCCUGUCCGUAUUCUCACGAAGAAAUUGAAGAAACGGAAUCUACGGGUAUCAUUUCAAUACUUUCAUAUUUCUUCCUCAUGUAUAUUAUAUAAUAGUUCAAAUGCUGACUGCAGUGUUAAAUUCUCUCGUUAUAGAAAACGAGACAACAUUAUGUCGAUACCAUCCGUUCUGUACAAGAAAAAACUGUCCGUUCUUACAUCCUGUCGAUAAGGUAAGUUGAAAACGCACAAGUUGUAUAACAAACCUGCAGCAAACUUGUACAGUAGCAAUGCUAUUUCAACAACUUGUCAACAGGAUGUUUUCUAGUUUGUUGACAAGUUGCCAACGGCUUGUUGACAACUUGCAACUUGUUAGACAACUUGAGACUUGUUACAAGGUUCUUCCAACAAGUUUUUAUCGUCCUGUCAUUCAACGAUUUGUCAACAAGCUUUGAGUGGCAACCUUGUAGCAACUUGAUAUUUUUAAUAGAGAUUUUGUUCUUAUUUUUCCUAGCCAUGUCGUUACGGCAAGAACUGUACUCGUUCUGGUUGUGUAUUUAAACAUUCAGUCGCACCUCCUCCACGUGAACAACUAAAAUGGGUAGCACCAGCACCACCCAAGAUUCAUGUCAGGUAAGAUUACAGCCCCCUCCCCCCGUCUGUAAAUCAUUGCACAGAUAGGUGAAUGCCUCUCAUUGGCGUCAGCAUUUUGAUGACGAAUUACGGUUACGCCAAAAUCAUAGGAAAAACCAAGAAGUCCAUCUUCUGUAUGAUCUCUAUUCUGUGACUGCGCUCCCAAGACUCAGAAACAAAUUGUGUAUUUUUUUAGUGAAAGAAAAUUCGCGGUGAAGGAAGCUAGCACAACAGCUCUACCAGUACAAUAAUGUAAGAUAGUUUUGGAAGCUACAGAUUUUAUUGAAGAAAUUGUAAUAUUUAUGUAUAUUUUAACAUACUGUUGAAUCGUCAUUAAAACCAAACCAAUUUUGGUUCCGAAUUAAAGUUGUUACAACAAUAUGUACUGUGGUAAAAAUAUUAAAAUAGUCUUGAAUUGAUGUCGUAUUCAAUAUCAGUUCAAAUUCCAGGCUGCAGUCGGUAUUUAUUACAGCAAUUGAACUCCUAAUCACAAAAUGUACGUCUCACAAAAAUACUACUGUAAAUUCACGCUGAAAGAUUGACAGCGAAACAUAUAGACCUUCCAGUGAAGAAAACAACUUCCCAACCUAAUAAUUUGUCACGGCUUUUUGACAUUGCCAUUCUUAUUCGCAAAAUCACCAUGGCUUACAUACUUUGUUAAGAUGCAAAUUUUAAUUACACUGCGGAUUAUGAAACACGUGUCAAUUUCUAUAC